AUGGACCUGCUGUCCCUGCCUGCCCACCAUGAAGAAUAUGGCUGCAACGCAGAAUCAGAAAAUCAAGUUCAACCACAAUCAGCAUUGAAAGCCCUUCAGCACCAACUGGAAUCAUUUCAGGCUCUCCGAAUACAGACUUUGCAGAAUGUCAGCAUGGUACAAUCUGAAAUUAGUGACAUACUGAACAAAAGUAUUAUUGAAGUAGAAAACCCACAGUUUAGCUCAGAAAAAAAUCUAGUAUUCAACACACACAAUGAAAAGCCUACAGAGAAUCAAGAAGAAAUCCUCUCUGUGGAGAAAAUUCAUCAUUUUGAGGACUCGAGGACUCUUCCUUCAAUGGAAGAAAAAUUCAGUAGCGAUAAUGUCAACAGUCUCUCUCCAAGUGUGAAUAUGCCGCCCCAGAUGCAUUUCAAAGACAUAUUAACUCUAAGAACUUCCAUGGAUAAUCCAGCCUCAAACAUGAUUAUGAACACUUCAGAAAAUUCUGACAUGUUGAAGAAUUAUAACAUUUAUAGUUUUCUAGCUAAUGCACCUCAAAAUGUUAUGCCUCGAGCUGACACAGUAAUUCUGGAUAAUUCCAAAAUUACUGUGCCUUUCCCCAAGCACGGAUUUCAUGAAAAUUUAGAUGAUAUUUGCCAUUCUAUCAAGCAAAUGAAGAAAGAGCUGCAAAAGUCACACGACAGGGAACUGGCACUUACAAAUGAACUUCAAACUUUAAAGAUGGAUACAAAUGUUCAAAGUAAUACUCAAUAUGACCUGUCCCCCAUUCACAAGGAAAAAAUUAACUUUAUUAAGGAUGAAAAUAUGGAAAGUAACUUACAUGAAGAUAUAAAAUCAAAGCGAAUUUUAGAAUUAGAGGCAUUAAUAGGCAAAUUACUCCCACUCAGGGAAUCAGUGUCAAAAUUCCAUCUGAAUUUUUGUAGGAAAUGUAAAAAAUUGUCUAGGAGUGAAACACAUAGGGGAAAGAAGAAUGAGAAAAACAAUAAAGAAAUUCCUAUCACUGACAAGAAUACUGCAGAUUUAAAAUUCCGUUCCAGACUUCCAUUUACACCGUCAUUCUUUGACUCAACAAAAUAUGAAAUGAAAGACAAAGAAAGGCAACCACUUGUAGUAAAACGAGGACCAAUAAUAUUUGAAAAUGAGAAAACAUCCAAAGUUAAUUCCAUGACUGAGCAGUGUGUUGCAAAAAUUCAGUACUUACAGAAUUACCUAAAAGAAUCUAUACAGGUACAGAAAAAAGUAGCAGAGCUGGAGAAUGAAAAUCUAGCCCUUAAGACCAAAAUAAAACCUCUGGCCUUUACCACACUAUCUCUGAUACACAAAAUUGAAAUAUAUGAAAAGAAACUUAAGGAUUUGGUUGAAGAAAAGAACACUAUUCAGUCCCAAUUAAGUAAAACAGAAGCAGAGGGCAACUGUAUUGAAGAAUUGAAAAAAGUAAUUAGUAAAUAUAAUGUUCUCCAAGGACAAAAUAAAACUCUAGAGGAAAAAAAUAGUCAACUUUCUUUGGAGAAACAACAAGUGAUAGAAACAUUAGAUAAUCUAAAAAAUAAAGAACACAAAACUCAAAACGAUAUGGCCAUUGUCAAUAAUGAAUAUAAUCGAAUGAGCAUAGAAAUGGAAUCAAUGAAAACAAAUAUUCUAUUGAUACAAGAUGAAAGGGAAAUGUUAGAGAAGAAAACCUUCCAGCUUCUAAAGGAAAAAAGCUCACUGGAAAAUGAACUAAAAGAAAGCCAGCUAGAGGUAGUGCAGCUGAAAGAGAGAGAAAGAUUGGCAAAAACUGAACAUGAGGCCCUGCUUCAAAUAAUAGAAACAGUCAAUAAUGAAAAACUUAGUCUUGAAACAACAUUACAAGAAUCUACUGCUGCCAGGCAAAUGAUGGAAAGAGAAAUUGAGAACAUGCAAACAUACCAGUCUACUACCGAAGAGAAUUUCCUGAAUGAAAUAAAAAAUGCAAAAUCAGAAGCUAGUAUUUAUAAGAAUAGUUUAUCCGAAAUGGGCAAUGAAUGUGAAAUGUUAUCGAAAAUGGUCAUGGAAAUUAAAACAGACAAUCAGAUUCUAAAGGAAGAACUAAAAAAACAUAGUCAAGAAAAUAUACAA